AAUUUAAGGCAUAACUUUUAUUUCUGGUCGGGAGAAACUCUUGCAGCUGCGACAAGAAAUGGACGCGACGAUAGGAAAAGUUAUCGAUUCCGUCUCCGGCUUCUUCUCCGGCGCUGCCUCUGGCUCCGCCGAUGAGUUCCCCUUGUGCGACACCGACAUCAUCUCGGGAUGUGAGAAAGAGCUUGCAGAGGCUCAGAAAGGCCAAGACGAAGGGCUUAAAAAGGAAUGCAUCAUGCGUCUUUCAUGGGCUCUUGUUCAUUCAAAGACGCCUGCUGAUAUACAGCGUGGGAUCUCAAUGCUUGAAGCUUCGGUGGUUAGUGAUACGAGUCCAAUGAAUCUAAGGGAGAAGCUAUAUCUCGUUGCUCUUGGUUACUAUCGAAGCGGCGACUUUUCAAGAAGCCGGGAAUGUAUAGAACGGUGUUUGGAGGUCGAACCAGAGUGGGGACAGGCUCAGACGCUAAAGACGGCUAUAGAGGACCGUAUUGUGAAAGAUGGUGUUAUUGGCGUUGGAAUUGCUGUUACUGCUGUUGGGGUUGUUGCUGGUAUUGCCGCAGCCUUACUACGCUGAGGCUGAGAAGGAAAGAAACCGUACAUACGCGCAUGAUUCCAUGUUCUUUGUUUAGUUUCUUUGAUGGCUUGGAAGAAUUGUCUAAACAAAUGACUUGUAAUUCUAGUUUUACUAUGAAUACAUAAACAACAUUACUGAUCAUACAUACAGAAACUCUAUUAUUA